AUGAAUCCAGAAACCUCAAUCAUUCGCGAGAAACAAGACCAAUGGCCUACUGUUCCAACAUCUGAACCACUGCAUAGACAGUACCUUGGCGGAAUGACUUACAUGCUGCAUAAUGCCCCUGGUAUUCCCCCAAACUAUCGCCGGAUCACAGCGACCUCAACGACCAAGAACCAGGCGAUCUUGACCAUAAUAGAUCCCAUGUCACCACCACCGGCAAUUUUAUUAAGUGCCUACGUUGACGCCUACUUCCAACAUGUUUUCCAUCGAUUGCCUGUUAUCGAUCGUGCCGAUUUCUCUUCUAGCAGGCCUUCGGUAGCUCUUCAACAAGCGGUUUGCAUGGUGGGAACUAUUUUACGACAUCCGAAAGGACGAGAUAUUCUGGCUGAGAGUGAGAAAUAUUAUUACAAUGCUAAGACUCUUAUCCACACCAAUCACGAGCAGGACCCAAUGACAGUUCUUAAGGUCAUGUGUCUCUUUUCAACACGCAACAUUGCUGGUCCUGUAUUAUUGACCAUCGAUUCCCCGUGGCAGUGGUUGGUUAUAGCAAUAAGAUUGUUGCAGCAAAUGGGCCUGCACCGCGAGGAAAUAUGUGCUGCUUAUGUCAAUCCAAAGAUUGCACGGAGGAUUGCCUGGUCCCUCUUCGUGCGUGUGUCUCCCAAAUCCAUCUUUACUUUUACUAAUGACAUCCAGGUUCAAGAUAUACUUGUGUCAGCUGCAUUUGGAUGGCCUACAUCUAUCAAAAAACAUGAGUUUGACGUUCGACCUCUGACAGAAGAAGAUUUCGAGUCUUCUGGUAUUCAAUCGUUGCUUUUCAUCGAGCUAGCCAAGAUAAUUAGCAUUCUCGGUAGUAUAUUAGACCUCCGGGGUCGGAGUACUGAACAUGUGCGAACACAGGUACGUGCGCCUCGAAUCAUUUAG